AUUGGGCCAUGGUCCGACCCAACAACACCACCGGCCACGAAGAAAAAAAUGUGUGAUCCCUAAAAAAAAAGUGUGCCGUAGACGUACCUCCCUAUCCAAACCCAAUCUCCGCUCCCCCGGCGGCGCCGCCGUUCUGCACCAGGAGGUAAGGAAGGAAGGACGAUCUUGCUUUGAGGUGUUGGAUCUUUGAUCGGAGAUGAGCGCCCGGCGGUUUGUGAACCUGCUGGUGUCGGAUUGCCAGAAAUUCACCUACACGCUGCGGCGCUUCGACCUGUCCCGCAACCAGCUCUUCUACCCGACACCGGAAGAAGCGGCGGAACAUGCCAAGGUGGUGCCUCCAUUGACGGCCCUGCCCAACAGGCCAGACCUAAUAAACAACCCCUCGGCGGUGGCGGGGGCGGGGGCGGGGGCCAAGGGAAAGAAGAAGAAGAUGAUGAUGAUGAUGAAGAAGCCGGUUUACAUUCGGCUGCCGGCGGCCACGGUCACCAUGAAACCGUCGAUAUGCGCGAUGACCCCGUACGAUCGAUGGGGCAGGAUGUACUGCUUCCCUCUCACCGAAACCAAGCUCUUCUUCGGCGACAGCUCCACGCGCAUCUUCCGCUUCGACGCCGAGACCCACUGCAUCGACACCAUGCCCAGCCUCCACACGCCCAAGCGCCCCCCCUUGGCCCUCUCCAUCCCUCAGUAUCCGGCCAUCUCGAAGGAAGGCCAAGGUGGAGCCCUCUACAAUACAUCAUGGAUAGCAUCCUCAGGCCGCACAGCGAGGGCCAGGUCCAGUUCGAGGCUAUCGUGUACCGCAGGCGCUACCACCCCACCUCCAGCAAGGCGUGGCACUGCGACGCCCUCCCGCCGCCGCCUUUCGUCCAUGACCUGCAGGUUGGUAACAAACCGGCCUCCGUCUGCUCGUACGCCUUGGUUGGCGGACACACCAUCUGCAUCUCUGUCACGGGAGUCGGCAUCUAUUGCUUCGACACGGUGACUCGCGAGUGGAGCAAGGCCGGCGACUGGCUCAUGCCGUUCCACGGCAGGGCGGGGCACGACCCGGAGCUCGGCCUCUGGUUUGGUGCCUCUCACAGCAACUCCCACCUCCCCUGCGCCGCAGACAUCUCCGGCGUCCUGAGAGGGGAGGGGCCGCUGCCGGAGCACACACGAAUCUGGGCGGACACUGACGUGCCAGAGGGAUGGUACCCACCCCGUUACGGUGGCUGCCCCACCAAACUCGUCAACCUGGGUUCCGGCAGGUUUUGCGUCACCAACUUCUACGAAACUAUGGCAUAUGAUGAGCGCUGCGGCCACUGGUUGGUUAAUGACAUAUUGGCUGUCUUCACGGGCAUGGAGGUAGUGUUACCUACCGAUGGCAAUGGGAAUGACAAUGAUGAGGGUGAUUUCAAAGGCAACAACAAUGGGAACGACAAUAAUGGCAAUGGCGAUUGCAAAGGCAAUGCCAAUGGGAACGACAACGUGUCACCUGGUGUCCGUAUGAUUAAGCAUAAAUCCAGAUUUUGUGGGAGUCACGGCACCAACAUGAUCAUGUCGGUGCUCUGGUUCACAUAUUUUGAGGCAUAUAUAAGAGCAUCUCUAGUUGGCUCUCCCAUCAAAUCUCUUCUAACUCCCUAAAUUUUGGGGGUUAAACCCCUUCCGGCCCUUCCCUCAAACUUGCCUCUUCAUGCUCAAAUUUGUGGGGUAAAAGAGCUAUUCUCCUGAAUGCUUUUUCCUUCCCGACACUAUUUUUUCCUUCGGCAGUCACCUAACAGCCGCUGUCCGUCACUUCCCAUCUCCAUGCCGGUGGCACCAUGCCCUCUCUGCCAUCCACCACAACCCUAUGUGGCCCCUCGCGGCCCUAAAGAGAUCAGUUCCAUGAACCUGGGGCGGAUGAUACCUUUUGGUUGCAGUCGACCAGCUACUAAUUAUAUUGAGAGCACCUCCAGCUUCCUGGAGGCGAGAUAAUUCGAUCCAAACAGUGGUCCGUGGAGGACGAAUUUUGCCGACUUCCUUGAAUCCUUUCUAGCAUGCGUUCUUCACGCUUGAUGAGUCCCUUUUCAAAUUACUUAUGCAUAUCAUCUACUGGCCAGAAAGUUGUUGUUGUGCCCAUAUCAAAUUUGAGGAGUUAAGUUUUGAUGGGUGGUUUGAGGAGUUUAAUUUCAGGGAAAGGGCUAGAGAUGGUCUAAUAGUCUGCUCUCAGGCCAUGUCUAGAUGAUUUAUCCUUUUUUUUCUGUUUACCCAUAUAUCCAUUGUAAGAGACGUAUGUAUAUUGGGACUUCAUUUGUUAUAUGCGCGUAAGGGCCCAAAAUUUCAUGAAAUAAGAAUUCUAGGAUUUCAUUCUUCUAUCGCAUUGGGAUGUUUGAAUUCUUGAAUAAACUAAUUUGAGAACAG